AUGUACAACAACAUGGUGGCAUCCACCAGCAGGUCGAGCAACGUCGCCACCCGUGCGGAUGCUCCCUCCAGCCGACGCUCCAUCUCGAGCCAAGCUGCUUCUGCUUCACGUUCGCUAGCUGCCUCGGCUGCCUCCUCCUUCUCGUCGCCUUAUGGUGGUCUCCCAUCCUCGGCGUCAUCGUCUUCUUCCCUCUCCACUCCUACACGUCAUUCGAUCUCAUCCACCAGUCGCAACUCUUUAUCGCGCUGCAGCAUUUUAUCUCCUUCUCCCUCCGCUACCAGCCCAGCUGCUGCUAUCGACAAUCCGACUCAAUGCUACUUUGCUCGACCCAGUGGUACCACUUCCUUUACCAAAGACAUCCAGCCAUCCGCCAGCACACGUCGCGUAUCCAACGAUGCUAUUGCAACCAAGCGCAGCACCGAGAUCGUCAAACCGCCCAUUCGACCUUCCCGUUCGGCGGCUCGUUCGUCCGCUGAGCGUGCGUCUGUACGUCAGCGACCCCGCUCGGUAGAGAGCCUUCGCUUGGACCUCGACGGUCUCGAUCUCGGAGGCAAUCCGCCUUUUAGCUCGCCGCUUGACCCCGAGGUAGCCCUGUAUCACGUCCGUACACGAUCAAGCAACGCCCAGCGUAGCUCCGCGCUUCCGCUUCCGCUUCCACACCCGGCACUCGGCAUCCCCACGUACCGCGACGUCGAUGUGGAUCCGGACCGGCUCUGCGUCUCUUGUUCCCACAAGCGCAGGCCUCACGAGACGCUCAACGGCGGCGAAGAUAGCUUUUCCCUCCAUCUGCGCGAAGAGUGCAGCGACUAUCGCGAAAUCUUGUCGUCACAGGCCAUCCUCAAUGCCGUUGUCGACAAGGAGCAGCGCAUGCUUACCGCCAGUGUCGACCCUUUGAACCUACAACGCCAGCGAGCAUACUCGAUCAGUCACGGUCAAGUGCUUGGCGGCUUCGCCAGUCUCGGUCCACAGACAGAGUCAGCUCCAAUACCGCCAGCGCCGUCGAGCUUAUACUGCCAACAGCCGAUGCGCCCCAUCCCCAAGGGUUCCACUGAUGAGUCCGAGACUUCUGUCACGCCCAUCGAGUGGAGAGACAGCUUCGGAACGUCGAGCGCUUCGGCUUAUGCCACGCCGCCGCAGUGGGCUCAUCUUACCGCUCGCCCAUGCAAUCCUUUGGAACCUCUCGACGUGCUCUCGAUCGAAGAAAUGGGUCUACACAGUCUCGACAUUGGCAGUCUCAACGACUGGGAAGGAUGCAAACUUUCCGCCGAAAUUUUGUGUCCGGUAAAAGGCCAUCAGCGGAUCGAGUGGUCAGUGGCUCAAACUACACGUCGGAGCAAGAAAUGGGUGGUGGUUCCCAACGCUACCAUAACGUGUGGCGCCAGUGAACCCUUGACCCCAGCUGCGCAAGCCGAGAGGACCGUCAUUGUAAGCAAAAGAUCGCUCUGGCUCGAUGAGGCGGAAGCUGCGGGAGCGCCAUUGGUGCUGUCGCACGUGACUGUCGCAUCGUCGUCGUCGUUGUCGUUGUCGUCGUCGCAACGUCAAGCUGAUCUUGGAGCUAGCGACGCGUCGUACCGAAACGCGUUGCCAUUCUCUGGCAAGGCGUGCUUCGAGCUACGUCUGCUUCGUCCCACCGUCGGCAAAGUUUACCCGAUGAUCUAUCUGGCCAACGCUUCCACUCAUCGCUAUUUGCACAACCAUCGCCGCGACGUUGGCCAAAGGCAGAUGCAGCCGGAAGAUCAAGCCGAGUUUGAUACCAAGGCUCUCGCGCCUGGCUAUCAUAUACUUCGGCGCUCGAGGUCGCGACCUUACCUGCGCAGGCAUCAAGUGCCACUGCGCCGCUCGCAUUCCAGGCCUUCCCUGAGCGACUCUGCUGAACAAACGGCUCCAUUGCAGCCAGAGCCCACUGGAAUCAAUACGGAGGUAUUUGCUCCAUCGUUGCCCGGCGAUCCGCUCCUACGCACGUGUCCGGGCGAAUCUUGGCCUUCGGCGAGAGUGCGACGUUCCGAGUCGAUCUCGUCGUUCCAGUCCGACUCGAGCGGCGAGGCUGGCAGCGACACGUCUGAGGACGAUGCACGUCUGUCGGUGACCAACACGCGCGAGUCAAUGACGGGUAGUACGACUUCGGACUCGUAUGAUCAGCCUGUGUGCAAGGAGGGCGAGCCUGUUAGGUCGGUAGCGAUCCCGAUGCCUGUCGGAGGCGCUCAUGGAGGCGUUCCUACCAGUGGUGCAGUUUGCAGCGUAUCACCCAGCUCGUCGUCGAGUCGCGGGCUGAGCAAUACGUCGGAACUGUCGUCCAGCUUGGUAGGCUGGCAAGCGGGCAGUUUGGACCAGCCACGCCAUGGGAAGCAAGCGAAUGGCAUGAGCCACGCUUCGUACGAAGCCGACUCUUGGCAAGGUACUUCGCCCACCACUGCAUCCGCUUCGUCACUGAGCGCGAGCAGCAAGCAGAGCCGCGGUCGCAAAGGCUUGCAGAAGGCGCUUCUCAAGAAGGACAAGAUGCUCAGCUCGUGGUUCAAACGUCGACCUGAGAACGGCGCGACGUUGCUCUCAGUGUCUCCGGUGACGGAUUGCGACAAGGCACAGCCGGGCGCGGCGGUCGGCGUGAUCGAGGCCAACGUCAGACUGACAGGAGCUGGCGGUGAAGACGGCGAUGUAGCAGGUGCGGUCGGCCAUUCGAUUGCUCUGACGGAAACAGCGUUGGAAACGUUCCAGCGAGCCAUGUUCCGGCCCGUGUCGCCCGACUCGACCAUUAUGGGAUCGAGAAGGGGUUCGGAAGCUCUGACGCAGAAGGCGGGCGAGGCGCCUGCGCAGGUGUAUGGACAUGGAACGAUGACGCGCUCCGUGGUGGAUGGUGGUGGGGAGAUCGAAAAUCGGCAGGCGGUCAAUUCGACGCUCUCUCAGGUGUACGGUUGGGACCAGCAGCAAGUGCGCAGCAAGUCACUGCAGCGUGCCACGGUGGGUGGCUCUGCAUUGAUGCCAACUUUCUUCGAAGACACGGACGAGACGGACGCGCUUGUGGGACUAGAUGCGGUGCCUGCGGGCGCGCUGACCAUGCUGAUCCCGUUGCCUCUGAUUGGUAGGGAUCGUGUUGAGGACGUAGCGCGCUACAUGCGUGUCAACUUUAGUCCGUUCAAGAGCCUUUCGGACGAUUUCGAGACGGGCGCACCGGGCAUCGGCCACGCUGCUUCGGCUGGACAUGAGGCGGAAGGCGGUCUUGUGCAUAGUGUGAGCACUGGCAGCUCGCAGUUGGCGGAGCGAACUGGGAUGAAAUCGUCGGAACAUUCGAGCUGGAAGCGCAAGUUGGGUCUGUCUAGCCAUCGCAGCGGCGGCAGUGGCAGCAGUGGCGGCGUGAGUGCAAACACGAGCACCAGCAAUGCUUCUACGGUGUCGUCUGGCGCACGGUCCACGGUGGAAGCGGCGCUAGCAUCGCCGCCUGUCGCCAUGCCGAAAUUUGAAGCGUUCCGAAUCACAGCCAUCGUGCACGACGCACCACGGGCAAGUGACGCGUCGAUGGAUGCGCGUCUUCCAGAACCAGGUACGUUCCCAGUAGUACUGGGCUACUGCAACCAUUCGCAAGGGCUCGAAAUGGUGCCGGAAGGCUGGGAUGUGCUGAAGCUCGCCGGCGUCUCCCUGCUGACCAAGCAGGACAACACGCCGCUCGACAGCGGCCAUCCGUUGCGCGGCGUGACAGAUGUGAUUAUUGCGGCGUGCCGCGCUGUUAUGGAUGGGUAG